CCCAACUCCACUGAGCUCAAGACUCUGCGUCUGUUUCUCUUGAAGAAAGGGGUUCCCUGCUGCAGCAGAAAUUGGUUGGAUCUUCAGAGAGCACAAUGACGAGACUCCUCACAGCUCUGGGCGUUGUGCUCAUUUUGCACAUUGCCUCAUCCAGUAAACUGGUGUGCCACAUGACCAACUGGGCCCAGUACAGGCCAGGCGCUGCCAAAUUCACCACAGACAACAUCGACCCCUUCCUGUGCACACACGUCAUCUACGCUCUGGCCACCAUCAACAGCUUCAAUCAGAUCAGCCCCAUCGAGUGGAACGAUGAACAGCAGUUUGUCAGGCUCAGCAACCUCAAGAAUGCUAAUCCUGCACUGAAGACUCUGCUGUCUGUCGGAGGCACAGUCAAUGGAGUGAGCCCAUUCAUCUCCAUGGUUGCCAGGCCUGAGGGUCGUACUGCCUUCAUUAGGUCAGCCAUCAGCUACCUACGCACCCAUAACUUUGAUGGGCUGAACUUGGCCUGGGAAUAUCCUGGACACAAUGGCAGCCCACCACAGGACAAGGAGAGAUUCACUCUGCUGGUCAUGGAGCUGGCCAAGGCCUUUGACGAUGAUGCCAAGGAUAACAGAAGGACGCGACUGCUGCUGUCAGCCAACGUUGCUGGUUUCCGUCAGACAAUAGACAGAGCCUACGAGGUUAAAAAGAUUGCCCUCCACCUUGACUUCAUCAAUGUCAUGACCUAUGACUUCCAUGGACACUGGGAGCCAAUUACUGGACACAACAGCCCACUGUACAGCAGCUCUAUGGACUCCGGCACACAUGCUCAUCACAAUAUUAACUCUUCUAUAUCCCAUUGGCUGGCUCUGGAAGCACCAGCUGAGAAGCUGCUGCUGGGUUUCCCAACCUACGGACGAACCUACCGCCUUACUAGUGCUGCUUCCGGCCUGGGAGCACCAGCUAAUGGCCCCGCAGAUGCCGGACCUUACACUCGUACUGCUGGCUUCUGGGCCUUCUAUGAGAUCUGUGACUUCCUCUCCAGUGCUAACACUCAGUGGAUCCCUGAACAGAAGGUUCCAUACGCAACCUAUGGAAGUUCCUGGGUCGGCUAUGAUGACAAGCGCAGCUAUUCUUCUAAGGUCGAGUGGAUGACUGCCAACAACCUGGGAGGUGCUCAUGUGUGGACUCUGGACAUGGAUGACUUUGGUGGAAACUUCUGCUCAGCUGAACAUUAUCCUCUCAUCAACCACCUCAGGAUGUCAAUGGGCUUCCCCCCGAAGCCCACCACUACCCCAGCCCCCACCACCACCAAGGACCCCAUUGCAGACUUCUGCCGUGGCCGCCCUGAUGGGCUGUAUGAGAAUCCAGCUGAUAAGACCACCUACUUCCAAUGCUUCCAUGGAAACACUUACCUGCACCGCUGCCAGCCCGGCCUUAUCUACUGGGACUCCUGCAAGUGCUGCAACUGGCCUUGAGCCACAGACUGAACUACAAACACACACCAUGAAUGUAUGACACCGUGAGAUAUAUCUUUUCACCGAGUGUCAGCUUGCACCGAUUUACCCCAUGGUGCUGGGUUAAAACAGGAAACAAAGUAAACCAAUGAGAAAAUUGCUCUUUGCAGCUAGCUCACUGCUUUUAUCAACAAAAUAAACAAAACCUUGUCAUUAAAUAA